UACAUUAUUUCCAGGAAGUGUAAUCGAACGGAUGGAUGAGCUAGAUGCCGGGCUAGAGGAAAUGGAAUAAUGGCUCUUUCCAGGGGCUUAAGAUGCUGUCAAAGGGUUUUUUCCUGGAUACCAGUCAUAAUCAUCACUUCAGUUGGACUAUGGUCGUACUAUGCCUACGUGUUUGAGCUAUGUUUGUUUACAAUAACGAAAAGUUUUGAAAAAGUGGCCUACCUGCUAGUGUUUCACAUCUGCUUCGGGAUGUUCUCUUGGACAUACUGGAAGGCAAUCUUUACCCCACCCGCAUCUCCUUUCAAGAAGUUCCAGCUCUCCUACAUUGACAAGGAGCGCUAUGAGAUGGAGGAGAGGCCAGAUGCCCAGAAACAGAUACUGGUGGACAUUGCCAAGAACCUGCCCAUCUUCACUCGAGCUGCAUCCGGAGCUGUCAGGUUUUGUGACCACUGCCAGGUUCUGAAGCCGGACCGCUGUCAUCACUGCUCCAUUUGUGAAACGUGUGUGUUGAAGAUGGAUCAUCAUUGUCCAUGGGUUAACAACUGCGUGGGCUUCUCCAACUACAAGUUCUUCCUGCUGUUCCUCUCCUACUCCAUGCUCUACUGCAUCUUCAUUGGAGCCACUGUCUUUCAGUACUUUAUCAAAUUCUGGGUGGGGGACCUGCCCAACGGACGCACUAAGUUCCAUGUCCUCUUCCUCAUGUUUGUGGCACUCAUGUUCUUCGUCAGUCUUAUGUUCCUAUUUGGUUACCACUGCUGGCUGGUGGCCAAGAACAGGUCCACUCUGGAGGCCUUUUCUGCACCAGUCUUUGUAACUGGUCCAGACAGGAACGGCUUCAACGUAGGCCUGAAGAGGAACUUGGAGCAAGUGUUUGGAGAAGACAAGAGGCUGUGGUUCAUCCCUGUUUGUACCAGCCAAGGAAACGGACAUUACUUCCCCCUCAAGAGCCAAAGUGAGUCCAGGAACCCCUUACUGGCAAAUGAGGAGGGCUGGGAUGAGGAAGAGGACGAGUCAGAGGAAGGCUGCUUGGAUCUGGACCCUUCGGUUACAAUAGAGAUGGAAGAAAAACUGGGACACUUUGUAGAGCUCUGAGGACUAUGGGACUGCACACGUAGAGCUGUAUUGUGGUUAACACAUUCACAAUCCUGUGAAGCCUUUAGAAAACUCUGAAUAGGCAUGUGUGGAUGGAUGACAUGGUUCUUGUUGAAAAAGUAUUGUGGGUUCAUGUGGUGUACAGAAUAUAGUAAUUGAAAAAAGUCCAAAAGAAAGUUUGGAUUAUCAACAAUAUUCAUUGUUUCUUUUUGGAUGGAAAUAUCGGCAUCAGUAUCUCCCUUGGUUGGGUAUUGUCAUUUAUGUCCAAUGUGACAGAAUAUAUGAAUGGCUCUUUACAUUGCUUCUCCUUUGCAACUGCAACUGGGACAUAUUUUGCUCAUAAUGUCUUUUUAUCCAUAUUACUCUUUCUGUCUCUGUCUCAGUCUCUGGUGUGAUGUUGUACAGUACAAAUACUUUAAAUAGCAAAGCUCAGGGCAUCUCUUGUUUUGGGGGUAUAAAAACCAAUACCACACCCUACCAGUCUAGAGAGACCUCUUGUAGUGUAGGAGCUUUAUACUCCAGCUCAUGAACCUGUUCAUUUGACAAAAGUGGCAAUUCCUCUAACUGUUCAUCAGUGUUUGUUUUAUGAUAGUUCUAUACUACGGCCCUUUAAUACUUUUUCCAACACCUAUAACUCUGAGAUCUUAAUGUUUUAAAUAAAGUAGCAUCAGAUACUA